UUAGGCUGUCUGUUCAGGCCAUCCGAGCAGGCAAGAGCGAUCUCUCCUUCCUGUUUCUAUUGCUUAUUUCCACUAAAUAUUCAGGGAGUUUUGGGGGGGUCUUUGAGUGAAUAGUGGGUGUGGUAAGGGCUUUGGCUUUAGAGGGCUAGUGUUCAGGUGAAAGCGGGAGAGUGCUGCUAGUUGCAAGGGCACCGACGCUGGCCGUCGUCUGACUUGUGUCUUGCUGCUGUUGUCGUUGUCGUUGUUGUUGUUGUUGUUCAUCAUUUGCAGAGAGGCUCUACAGCAGCCCCACGCGCCCGUCUGCAAGGAGAGACGUGACUGGAAAACAACCAAAGGCUCCCGCGGAGUUUCCUUCUCCCGCCCGUCCACAACAAAACACAAACACCGGGAGUUUCGGUUCGAGCUCUCAUUUUUCCCGACAGAUUAAGAUGAGCAGCUACAGUGUGACCCUGGACGGCCCCGCGCCAUGGGGUUUCAGGCUGCAGGGAGGGAAGGACUUCAACAUGCCCCUCACCAUCUCCAGGAUCUCACCUGGCAGCAAAGCGGCGACUGGCAGCCUGAACCAGGGAGACAUUAUCGUAUCCAUUAAUGGAGCCAGCACAGAGGGCAUGACCCACCUGGAUGCCCAGAACAAGAUCAAACAAGCCACCUCCAAACUCGAGCUCUCUAUGCAGAGGUCGAGACGUCCCGCACCUGUUCCUUUGGCAGCCCCAAGAAUGGACUCACCAAUGCCAGUCAUCCCACACCAGAAGGUUAUCGCCAACACAGCAGCAAACCAAGAAUAUGUCCCCAGUUUCAACCCCACCGCACUGAAGGACUCGGCCCUGUCCACCCACAAGCCCAUCGAGGUGAAGGGCCCCGGGGGUAAGGCCACCAUCAUCCACGCACAAUACAACACUCCCAUCAGCAUGUACUCGCAGGACGCCAUCAUGGACGCCAUCGCCGGCCAGGCACAGGCCAGAGGCAACGAGGGCAGUGAGGAGCCCCCCGCAGCUGGCUUUAACACCCUCCCUGUUAAAGACCCUCUGGUCGACAGUGCCUCUCCUGUAUACCAGGCAGUCAUCAACACAGAAGACAAAGCACCAGAGUUGUCCGAGUGGGCCCGCCGUGCAGCCAACCUACAGUCCAAGUCCUUCCGCAUCCUCGCUCAUCUUACAGGGACCGAAUACAUGCAAGACCCAGAUGAGGAGGCCCUGAGGAAAUCGAGGGAGAAGUUUGAAUCCGAGGUGAAAGGCCCAAGAUUUCGUAAGCUGAAGAACUGGCACCACGGCCUCUCGGCACAGAUCCUCAAUGUCCAGGACCAGGAGUGAGCUGGACCCACCGGCCAUUGCAGAUGGCAAGACUCUGGCAUGGAGGACAGCGGCAAGAGAAGAGGAUGAAGUUGGUAGAGGAGGAGGAGAGUCUAUCUAACUUACCAGUGUAGGUUCUGAGUUAGACUUGUUAGACUGUAGACAGGGGAAUCGGCACCCUGUGUUUGUGCGUGUUGUUCAUACGUCCACGUCACCCCACCUGUAGCAGCCGUUUUCACUUCCACUUUCUUUCCCUAUUGGUAGACUUUGUUUGUUUGUUUGUUUUUUUCUUGUUGUUUUUUUUGCUUCUUCUGUUUUAAAAGAAGAUGAAAGUUAAUGUUGAUGUAUAAAGACAAAGAGAGGGAACUGAUGAAAAUGAUGCUCUGCACCUGUGACACAACUCUCUCACUGUAAUGCACACAAGACUCACACUGUCCACUCACCCACCUCACCAAAUGUACUAUUAUUAAUGUGAAUAAAAUAUAAAUACUUAUAUAUAAAUAUCUAAUAAACUCCUUUCUUUAAGACA